GGGUUGAGCUGCGCUCUGAGUCCACGCCUCAGUGGGUCCUUUUUGCAGCAGUUGCGAAAACCCGGAACGAAGGUGUUGUUGCCGCUCGGUAGAGCGGCGCCGCCCCUAGCCGCACCUCCCCGCCAGUCCUCAGAGGCCUCGCUGGGCAUGCUCAGUCGGCAGGGCCGCUUCAGCUCUCGUAGUAGGAAGCUUGGGGCGCUUGGCUUGUGAGGACCCACGGCGGGGCGAAGAUGGAGCCCUUUACCAAUGAUCGACUUCAGCUUCCAAGGAAUAUGAUUGAGAACAGCAUGUUUGAAGAAGAACCAGACGUGGUAGAUUUAGCCAAAGAACCUUGUUUACAUCCUCUGGAACCCGAUGAAGUGGAAUAUGAGCCCCGGGGUUCAAGGUUACUAGUGCGAGGUCUUGGUGAGCAUGAGAUGGAUGAGGACGAAGAGGAUUAUGAAUCAUCUGCAAAGCUGCUGGGCAUGUCCUUCAUGAACAGAAGCUCAGGCCUUCGAAACAGUGCAACAGGCUACAGGCAGAGUCCAGAUGGGACUUGUUCAGUACCCUCUGCCAGGACCUUAGUGGUCUGUGUUUUUGUCAUCGUGGUUGCUGUCUCUGUGAUUAUGGUGAUUUAUCUACUGCCUAGAUGUACCUUUACCAAAGAAGGCUGCAACAAAAAAAACCAGUCAACAGGACUAAUUCAGCCAUUUGCCACAAAUGGGAAAUUGUUUCCAUGGGCACAAAUUAGGCUUCCCACUGCCAUUAUGCCUCAGCACUAUGAACUUAGUCUACACCCAAACCUAACCUCAAUGACAUUCAGGGGCUCUGUGACAAUUUCACUUCAGGCACUUCAAGCCACGUGGAAUAUCAUUCUCCAUAGCACAGGACAUAAUAUUUCAAGAGUGACAUUUAUGUCAGCAGUUUCAAGUCAAGAAAAACAAGUUGAAAUCCUGGAAUAUCCAUAUCAUGAACAAAUCGCCAUUGUUGCCCCUGAAGCCCUUCUAACAGGACACAAUUAUACCUUGAAGAUAGAGUAUUCGGCAAAUAUAUCUAACUCUUAUUAUGGGUUUUAUGGCAUCUCCUACACAGAUAAAAGUAAUGAGAAAAAGUACUUUGUAGCAACUCAGUUUGAACCUCUGGCAGCAAGAUCUGCUUUUCCCUGUUUUGAUGAACCAGGAUUUAAAGCCACAUUUGUCAUCAAGAUUACAAGGAAUGAGCAUCACACUGCGUUAUCCAAUAUGCCUAAGAAGUCAUCGGUCCGUACAGAAGAAGGACUUAUUCAGGAUGAGUUUUCUGAAAGUGUGAAAAUGAGCACAUACCUGGUUGCUUUCAUUGUAGGGGAGAUGAGAAACCUGAGUCAGGAUGUAAAUGGAACCCUGGUUUCAAUAUAUGCUGUACCAGAAAAGAUUGGUCAAGUUCACCAUGCCUUGGACACAACUGUAAAGCUCCUUGAGUUUUAUCAAAAUUACUUUGAAAUUCAAUACCCACUUAAGAAAUUGGAUUUGGUGGCCAUUCCUGACUUUGAAGCGGGAGCAAUGGAAAAUUGGGGCCUGAUUACAUUCCGAGAAGAGACUCUUCUGUAUGACAAUGCCAGUUCUUCAGUAGCAGAUAGAAAAUUGGUUACUAAAAUCAUUGCUCAUGAGCUGGCACAUCAGUGGUUUGGUAAUCUGGUUACAAUGCAGUGGUGGAAUGACCUGUGGCUAAAUGAAGGCUUUGCGACUUUCAUGGAGUAUUUCUCUGUGGAAAAAAUAUUCAAAGAGCUCAACAGUUACGAAGACUUCUUAGAUGCUCGAUUUAAAACCAUGAGGAAAGAUUCCUUGAAUUCAUCCCAUCCAAUAUCAUCAUCUGUUCAGUCUUCAGAACAAAUAGAAGAGAUGUUUGAUUCUCUUUCCUAUUUUAAGGGAGCUUCUCUCUUGUUGAUGCUGAAAACUUACCUUAGUGAAGAUGUGUUUCAGCAUGCUAUCAUUCUUUACCUGCACAAUCACAGUUAUGCAUCCAUUCAAAAUGAUGAUCUCUGGGACAGCUUUAAUGAGGUCACAAACAAAACACUAGAUGUAAAGAAAAUGAUGAAAACCUGGACCCUACAGAAAGGAUUCCCAUUGGUGACUGUCCAGAGGAAGGGGACCCAGCUCCUUCUACAACAAGAAAGAUUUUUUCUAAGCAUGCAACCAGAAAUUCAGGCUCCAGAUGCCAGCUACCUUUGGCAUAUUCCAAUAUCCUAUGUCACUGAUGGAAGAAACUAUUCAGAAUAUCGAUCAGUUUCACUACUGGACAAGAAAUCAGAUACCAUCAAUCUUACAGAACAAGUACAGUGGGUCAAAGUCAAUACAAACAUGACUGGCUAUUACAUUGUUCACUAUGCUGAUGAUGACUGGGCAGCUCUAAUCAGUCAGUUAAAGAGAGAUCCUUACGUUUUGAGUGACAAAGACCGAGCCAACCUCAUAAACAACAUCUUUGAACUUGCAGGCCUUGGCAAAGUGCCUCUUCGGAUGGCAUUUGAUUUGAUUGAUUAUCUUAGAAAUGAGACCCAUACUGCACCCAUCACUGAAGCCCUGUUCCAGACGGGCCUCAUCUAUAACCUCUUGGAAAAACUAGGACACAUGGACCUGGCCUCAAGAUUGGUGACCAGAGUAUAUAAAUUGCUCCAGAACCAAAUCCAGCAGCAGACUUGGACUGAUGAGGGAACGCCAUCCACGCGAGAGCUUCGGUCAGCCUUGCUGGAAUUUGCCUGUGCCCACAGACUAGAGAACUGUACCACUAUGGCCACAAAGCUUUUUGACAAUUGGAUGGCAUCAAAUGGAACUCAGAGCCUGCCUACUGAUGUCAUGAUCACUGUGUUCAAAGUUGGAGCAAGAACCGAGAAAGGCUGGUCGUUCCUCUUAAGCAUGUAUUCAUCCAUGGGCUGUGAAGCAGAAAAGAAUAAAAUACUUGAAGCUCUUGCCAGCUCAGAGGAUGUGCAGAAACUUUACUGGUUAAUGAAAAGUAGCCUUGAUGGUGAUAUCAUCCGAACACAGAAGUUGUCGCUUAUCAUCAGAACAGUGGGCAGACACUUUCCUGGACACUUGCUGGCAUGGGAUUUUGUUAAAGAAAACUGGAAUAAGCUUGUACAUAAGUUCCAUCUGGGCUCCUAUACUAUACAAAGUAUUGUUGCUGGAUCAACUCACUUGUUUUCAACGAAGGCACAUUUGUCUGAGGUCCAAGCAUUCUUUGAAAAUCAGUCAGAGGCAACCUUGCAGCUUCGGUGUGUCCAAGAGGCUUUGGAAGUUAUUCAGCUGAAUAUCCAGUGGAUGUCGAGGAAUCUAAAAACUCUGACCUUGUGGCUGUAGCACUCACAACUAACCUUCCGGUGCCCACGGCUCUGCUGCUUUUGCAAAAGUUGAAGUGAAGGCAGGCCUGCUACUGAAUUGUUUGCACUGUUAGGAAUUCUAGUUAGCUCAGGGCCCAAUUAUGUUUUUCAUGUCUUUUCUGAAAUGUCUUUAGGCAGUAAGUAGUUAUUUAUUACAAAAUUAUAUUCACCUGUAUACCAACCAUCUACAAAAACAAUGCAUAAUUUUUCUUUGGACACACAAAUGGAGAAAAAAAAGUCAUAUUUGAAAUUCUGUUCUGUUCAUUAGUGUCCAGAGAGUGGACAUAGUGCAACCAAGGAAAGUCUGCUGUAAGAACCACCAUAUCUGAGGGUUGCUGAUUGGCCAGUUGUUUGUUGCUCCUUGUUGACAGAUGCACUUGGAGUGUGAUAGCAUGGAAGAGUCCAGUGACAGAGGCCUGGAAGAUGCAGCUAUAGACAGCUGACCUCGGGUGGGCAGGUCUGCCCUGAUUGGGGGUUCUUUAAAAAGUUUAGAUCUUUAUUAUAAUUUUCCCUGCAGAAUAAUCAGGUUCUAAAGAGUUUUUCUUUUUUCUGUUGAACAGAUGAACAAACAGGCCCCAAAUUUCAGUUUUCCAAAUAUUUAACACUUUCUGCUUCAUCUGAAUUGAGUUAAUGUUAAUUAUUUUAUCCAUGAAUUCCAGUACCCCCCAACUCUAUACACUUGGUUAGUCCUGCUUAGGUAGAUUUUCUGCUGUAGAGGAGUAUUUCUUUGCUUUGGCAAGCUUUCUGUUAAGCACUGGUAUUUUUGUCAUUACUUUCCCACCAAGAAUGUAAUUUGUUUAAGUUGCCUUUUGACCUAACAAAUCAUACCCUUUACUGUGUGAAUCGUACCCAUGUGUGUGCUUUUACUUUAUGUUACAGUGUGUAUUAGAAGCAUUUCUCAAGAAAUUAAAGCUUUUUAUUUUGAAGUUCACCAUAGUACCUUAAAGGGACAAUGAGAAUGUGGAAAAGGAAUAAGUUGAAUAUGGUGGACUAUGAAUUCUUUUUUCACUGUUAAAAACAGUGCUUUUGUUUAGUUGGAAAAAAAACUGUAGCUUUGUUUUAUUUUAUUAUGGCCAAACUAACAUUAAACAGAGCGGCCAAGGCUCAAGCAAAGGAAAAGGGAGGGAGGGUAUCCAGAGCAGAAUGCGGGCGUUUUCACUCCUUCUGAAGGAGAAAUACUGUACUUGAAUUUUUUUGAGCUAUGCAGACUUAUUCUUAGAUUGUUGUGUUUCUUUGAUUCUUAGGAGAGAAGUUUUCUUCUUAAUAACUCAUGAGAAUUCUAUAUUUUGUUUGAAAACUGUCCGUGUACAUAAAAAAGAAUUACUCAUUUGUGAACACUGAAAUCACUCCACAGAGUCAGACCAUAGAAAGGCCACUUUUUUUUUUUUUUUUUUUUUUGGCUGUUGUAAAGUUAGAAUAUGUGGAGCUGUAUACAAAGUUAUAGUUUAUUUUAUGAAAAUAUUUUUAUAUAACAAAAUUUUAAUGGCUGACAAGCUGAAAAUAGCCUGCUUUAAAUCUAAUGUUUGCUCCCAAUUUAGUCUUUUCUAAACAUUUUUGUGUUUUUGAGUAGAAAAAUGUUAUUCCUGAGAAUCACAGAAUCAUCUUGAUAUCUUUGUGAAAUAGUUAAUUGUAGAUCUUUAUUUCCUUUGUGCUUUUGGUAAAUGAAUGAUAGUUUAGUUGAUACUGAAGGUUGUGGGGGUUGUAUUUUUAGAGUGAAGGGAAAAUACUCUGGUGGGUUUUAGUUGCCUUUUUUUUUUCUUUUACCAUGUUGUAUUACUAAAUUCUACUUUGAUACAGAAUUUAACUUUUGCUACUUCUCAAGAUCAGUUCAAUCUUGAGAUUUAUUUGCCCAUCUUGGCAUUGAUCCUAAAGUCUGUGUAACUCUGCAUAUGGCAAAUCUUGUCUUAACACUUUUUUCCAUGUAUGAGUGUGAAUGUAUGUGGUGUGUGAUGUUGUAAAUAAAGCCUUUUGAGGAUAUGUGCUUUAAAAAAGGUAAUUCUUGAUUCACUUCUAUCAGAAGCUGUUCAUUCCCAGGAUUCUGGAGCCAUAAUAUUUUCAGUCUUACCUAUAAUCUUCAUCUCAAUAGUUUUUAACUUUGAUAGGCCUCCUCUUAAUUUCCCCACAAAAUCCUGUAAGUUUUCAUGUUUUGUUAGCCCGUUAUGUGCAGCCUCUUAUAGCUAACUCAAAGUCAAGAAUAUAAAGCUGAGAGGAGAGGUAGCAUUUAUAGUCUGAUAGUAUAUUGGUAGCGUUCAGAUUUUCCUCCUCUGAAAUUUACAUUGCAAUCUGUACUUCUAGGAAGGAAAAUUGAGGCACAGGCCAGCUUGUGCUCUAGGUAUAAGCACACAGAUAUCCGACAUCAUUGGGUAGUGAUUGAAUGAGCAUUCUGCUCAACACAGAGAAAGGGUGUACUUGACUAUAAUGUGGAAGAUACAUCUUGAUUAUUAGGAAAAAUUGAAUUGGAAAUCUAGAUUUGUAGGGAAAAAUUGACUUGGAGAUCUGAAAGUUAGGAAUUGGAGGAUAUAACUUUACUCUGCUAAUAUGGAGUUAGCUAUAAUAAAAAGUAGUGGCAGUUUCUCCUCAGAAACUUGUGCCUUCUGUCUCAUUUUGUCUUUAAAAAUGAAAUUGUGUUUGUCAGUGUUCAGUGUUUACAAACUUUCUUGCUAUCACAGGUUCUGCUUAACUGGUUUUCUUUGCCACAUGUGUUUUCAUUUUGAGACUUUAGCCACCAUUAGAACAAAAGCUUCCAGAAGAGUCCUGGGUAUAAAAAACAAAUCCAGCUGCAUCAGGUUUACUGGGUACCAAACAAUUCUUUCUUAUUAUUGGGAAGCAAGAAAUUAACAUUAACUCUUGUAUUUGUUGCAUGAUUGAUAGCCUGUUGUUGAAUUGGAUUUUAAAGGUGCUUACUUAAUCUAAAGCACCUGGAAUGGUAAUCUUCAGCCAGACUGCUGAGCACUUAUAUAAGACCGUGUGUUUGAGGGUUUCAGGGAUGGCACAGUGCCUCUCCGGUGCACUGUUGCUGAGGACUGCAGUCCCAGGUUGAGUUCACAGAUAAGAGUGGGUUGGUUUAUAUUGGCCUCUUAAGAAUUGGGAUCAUAGGUAUAAUGUAGUUCCCCCCACCCUUGCCUUACUUUUAUUUAUACAGAAUGAAUGCUCUGUUUUGGGAAUGUUCUGUCUUUUUUCAUUUAUAGUUCUUGAAACUGGUUUUGUGUUCUUUUAUUUUGUUCUUAAAUAUCUGAAAUAUCAAUGAAGUACAAAGUGAAAAAUGGAGGUCUCAAAAAAAUGAUAAAUCUACUCUUUUCCCCAUCCCUUACUGCCUGGUUGAGCAAUAAUUAGCAGAGUAAGUGCUUGAUUUUUAGAGAGUUUGUGGGAGCUUUUGGGGGGGGGCGUGAUAUAUACUUUUGAAACAUACACAUGUAUUUUUAUGUUUUUAUUUUACAAAUUUUGUCCUGGUAAAGAGUGAAAUACUGCUCUCUGAUAAUCUCUCCUCUUCCCAUGUUGCCUACUCUAGGUAACAGCUAUAGAGUAAUUUGGUUUUAAUUUUUGAAAGGAUGUGGUGGGUUUCAAGAAGGAGCAAGGUAACUUCUUUUAAAAGUGUGUAGAAAUAAUUUUGCUAUUAUUUGGGACUUAAUGCUGCCCUCCUUACAUUCUUGUGGACAUAACCAUACAAGUCCACAUGGAUGCAUUGACAAUAACAGAAUAGUAAUAGUGCCUACUGUUUUGUUCUAGUCUUAGGAACUUAGGCUGCCUCUCAUCCUUUCAAGCACAUUUAUAAAUGCAAUUCUACUUUUUAUAUAUUUUGCUUAGACUUGUUUCUUUGCAUAGAUAACUUAAUUACCAUUAUGACUGAGUAUGACAGAGUUUUCCCUUUUCUUUGUUCCCUUUAAGGCAAUAAUUAAUUGUUCUGUUAGGGAGAGUUUGGAAGAGAGUACUUGACAUGACUUUUUAGUACUAAUUUUGUUUGGUCCUAUGCCCUUGAAAUGCAUGUGAAAAUACCUGAUGAAAUGUGGAAGACCAAAUGUAAACAGUCACAUUUUAUCACCUCUUAUUGCUUGUUGGCAAUAGCCAAUAGAAUGCGUAUGAGUGGAGUGUGGGGGUGCAGGGAUGUGUACCUAAUGCCUGUAUGUAUGUCCUUACUACUGUAUUGUAUUAAUUCACUGGGUGCUCAGAGUGGAAGGUACCAGUGGAGUUCAGAUUUAUAACAGUGCCUCUUUUCCUUUCUUUUAUUGUCUGGGGUGCAAUACUUGUCAAAGUAGUUUGAGUUUUUUGAAAGUUGGAUUUGGGUUUUGGGUGGUGAUUGGUUGGUUGGUUUUUGCUAGUCUGGAAAAGUAGUUUUGGGGUAAAAGUAUAUACUUUUUAAGUGUAUAAACAUGCUUUGCUGCAUUUUACUUCCUUGCUUUCCCUGUCCUUUCCGUGGAUUUACGAGGAAAGUUGGGGAUCUCUCUAAGAGGUUUCUUCCUUCUCUUACAUUGGACAUGCAGUGUCAAGUAGCACAGGCAGCUGUGGAGGUGGGGCUGACGUACGCCUUCACUCUGCUUUUGAUAUGUGCUUUUGUUCAUUGGUCACUGCAUUCCAUUGGGUACCUGUCUUGAACUUGGACUUACCAGUUUCUAACAAACGAUGGAGCUUUGAAUUUAGUGUCCUAGUGUUCUUACCUAUUGAUGUGGGAAGAAUUUUCUUUUCAUUUUUUCUCUUAGCUUUAGGGGGGACUAAGGGCAGGAGAUUUACUCUUACAAAUGUAUAUAAUUUUGUUACUAUACUGUGUUAUUUCAUUUGGUACUAAGUCCUUUACAUGGGCGUAUAAGUGCCUAAUGAGACGUGGAGGUCCGGAUGUAUGAAAACUUCCUCUUUCCCCUUUCCUCAUUGCCUCUGUGGGCAAUUGUUGUAGAGUAGCAUAGAUUUUCUAACUCGGUUCCACCCAGAGGGGUGGGUAUGUAUAUACUUUAAAAUGUAAAUAUAUAUUUUUAAUCUUUUUGUUGUUGUUACUUCAUUUGUACCUAAAUCUGUCUAUGGACACUUAGGUACAUAAGGAAUAUUGAGGUUCAUUCUAUGAAAAAUCUCCCCAUCCCUUUCCCUCAUUGCCUGUCUGGGCAAUUGCUUAUAGAAUAGUUGUGUAGUUUUGGCAUGGGAGUAUGGGGUGAAAGAGUUCUGGGUUUUUACUUUUUUAAAUGUAUUUAAAAGUUUGUCAGUUAUUUCAUUAUUUCACUCCCAAUCAGCUUUUGUGUUUGAGCUUACUGUCAAAGGAAGUGAGAAUCUAUACCCAGAGGCAUGGAACAUCUUUGCUUCACUCUAUCACCUGUGCCAUACUGUAGUAGUAUAUGAGUACUGUGAGCCUUGGGUUCUUGUUUUGUCUGUUCGUUGCUUAUAACACAGCUUGUUAGAGAAAAAGGUAACCAUGUAUGUAUGUGUAUGUGUGUGCAUAUAUAUACACACACAGACACACACACACACACACACACACACACACACACACACACAUAUAUAUAUAUUACGUUGUAAUGCCUUGUGAUGUUAACUUCAUUUUGAACCUGGUCCUUGGCGUGACUGUUUUUUUAAAUAUGUAUUUAAUGAACAUUGAGAUUGAUUCUAUGAAAAUUCUCCACACUCCCUUAUCCCUCAUUGCCUGGUGGGCAGUGGUAGACUAGAUGUUUUGUUUACUUAUCUUUCGUUGCUUUGUGGGGGGGGCGUCUGGGUGUACAUAUAUUUUUGAUGUAUAUAAAUAAUUGCUACAUUCUAUAUGUUAUUCCACAUAGCACCAGUUCUUUGCUGGGAUUUGUAGAUAUAUAAUGAAACAUGGAGGUCCAGACGUAUGAUAACUCUCCCCUGCUCCCUUUCCUCAUUGCCUAUAGAGGCAAUAAUUUAAUAAUGGGUUUUGGUUUUUUUUUUUGGUUUUUUUUUUAGUGGAGGGGAGGGGGAGGGGGAACUGCUUAGAUAGGUAGUAGCUAGAUAGAGUGCAUGCUUUUAAAAUAUAUUUUUUCAUGGUACUGAUUAGGCUCCUAGUCCUUUGCAUGGAUAAAUGGGUACCUAAUCAAAAUUGAGGAUUGGUGUAUGACAUACCUCCCAUUCUCCCCUUCUCCUUAUGACUGUAUUGGCAACAGUGAGUAAAGCAGUUGUGUGUUUUUUACUUAAUUGCUUUGGAUUUAUAUUUUUGAUAGAAGACUAUCCUUAGUAUAAAUAGUUUUGGUUUUUUUAUUUCAUUUUGUGUUUAGUUCUUUGCCUAAUUAUAAAGGGCAUAAUGAAAAUUAGUUUCAUAAUAUGAUAGAGCACAUCCUUUCUUGCAUAUGUCAUCACUCAGCAGUAACUAGUGCAGUUGUUUUGUGUUUUUUUUUAUUCUGGUUAUUCUCUAGGAUAUAUCUUUAAGGAUACAAAUAUAUACACAUACAUAUUCAAUUUUUUCCCUUGCUGUCAUUGUUUCACUUUAACAUUUAUUCCUUUGAAGAUUUCUACAUGCACCUAGGAAAAAAACAAAAGCUCAUUACAUCUUGGGCACCUGACUGGAAGUGUAGCCCUGUGACUCCAUGUCGAAAAGUGGCAAUGAGUAUGCAGCAAAUACUAUGGGAGAAGACACUCAGAUAUGGCUGCAUUGUGGAAACUAAUCAGACCCAGCAAUUCUAAUGUUUCAAACUGAGAUGGUGAAAGAACUUCAGGGGCUAGCCUUUUCUAUCUUAGAACAUCCACAGAUGGCAGUGCAAAUUGGCCCCUUCUUACCCAGAACUCUUUUGUGUGGCUGCAUCUCUUUCUCCAGUUCUCUAUUAACCGAACCAUUCCUGUUCUGUUUUUCCUUUUGCCUCCAGCGCCUUCAUUGUUGUUAGAUGCUGUCUUAAGUUGUACUCACAAAUUUAAGCUAAUGCUGCAUCCUAGUCGACUUUGUGAUUCUGUGUGCAUCUCAUGCACCCAAGCCUGUUUGUCUGCUCUCGGCAUUCUUAUAUUCCACCACAUGGUAAAUGUUAUGACUACAUAUUUGUCUGCAUCAAAGAAAAUGCAUGUGCAUACCUUCCCUGUCCUUCCUGCAUCUUAGCUUUGUUUUGUUGGUACAUUUUUUUAAAUUGAUAUUCCAUGAGGAAGAUUUGCCAUAUCCUUUUAAGAAACACUGAGUGAUAGAUAGGACUCCUAGAAAUUCUCAAAGAAGUGUUAUUUACCGUAUCAAACUCAGGAAUGUGUUGGAAAAUUAGUCUAGUAACAUUGCUGUUACUUAUACCUGCUGCUGUAGGAAAAGUUAUUCAUGACACAUUUACCUUUGAUCAUAAAUAAAAGAGAAAGGGCCACCUUUUUGGAGUUAGUCAUGGUAGUCAUUAGUUAUAUUUUUGAACCGUUUUUAAUUUGAAAUACUUCAAAGGAAGUAAAGGUCAUGGCUUAGCUCAAAGAAAUGCUCCAGAAGUUCGGCUGUAUAAAUCAUCAGUACAAUAAUACAUUCUGUGUGUGUGUGUGUGUGUGUGUGUGUGUGUGUGUGUGUGAAAUGAGAAUUGCUACAUAAUUGGAGCAUUUGCCUUCAUCAGCAAAUCACAUUGAGACAAACUCUAGUCCGCUGUCUUGAUUAAAGCCAAGUGUUCCUUGUGGCUGUGAGGAAGAGUCUCUUGCAAAUACUUUGGAAAGUAACUGCUUUGGAAACUUACAAAGGUAUUACUUUUUUUUUAAAAACACCAGUAGAAACCUUCAGUUCCUUCAGUCUGAGUUCGUGGGUAGAAUUCUAAAUUUAUAUCCUAAUCUGUCUUUUGUGGAAAAUUUUGAAAAUAGUAUGUAUGUGUAAUAUUGUAUAUGCAAAUUGUGUUGUUCUACUUGUAAAGGGAAAACGCUUAUUUUUCUUUGUACUUGUUUUGCAUAUGACCAGCACUGAUUGAAAGGCAUGUUUAACUGCAAACACUUGCUUUCUUUGUGAAAUGAAAAUAAAGUAUUUAAAUACAAA